UCUUAUUUUAGAAUCUUGUAAUACAACUCAAUCAAGUUUGUCAGGCACAGGAGUCAGUCUGAAGUCUGUUUAUCAGGUGGAGUGUGACAGCGGUCAGUCUGGAACAGAUAUAUCAGUAGAGAGCUGUAACAAGAAGAGCGUCUCAGGGGUCAUUCUUGGAACAGCUGGAGCAAGUUGUUCAUCUGCGGUGUCUGUGUGUAAACAGCUGCAACAGGUGUCUGUGGGUGAACUGCACCAGCAGGUGUCUGUAGGUCAACAGCUGCAACAGGUGUCUGUGUGUAAACAGCUGCAACAGGUGUCUGUGGGUCAACAGCUGCAACAGGUGUCUGUGGGUCAACUGCACCAGCAGGAGUCUGUAUGUCAACAGCUGCAACAGGUGUCUGUGUGUAAACAGCUGCAACAGGUGUCUGUGGGUGAACUGCACCAGCAGGUGUCUGUGGGUCAACAGCUGCAACAGGUGUCUGUGUGUAAACAGCUGCAACAGGUGUCUGUGGGUCAACAGCUGCAACAGGUGUCUGUGGGUCAACUGCACCAGCAGGAGUCUGUAUGUCAACAGCUGCAACAGGUGUCUGUGUGUAAACAGCUGCAACAGGUGUCUGUGGGUGAACUGCACCAGCAGGUGUCUGUGGGUCAACAGCUGCAACAGGUGUCUGUGUGUAAACAGCUGCAACAGGUGUCUGUGUGUAAACAGCUGCAACAGGUGUCUGUGGGUCAACUGCACCAGCAGGUGUCUGUGGGUCAACAGCUGCAACAUGUGUCUGUGGAUCAACUGCACCAGCAGGUGUCUGUGGGUCAACAGCUGCAACAGGUGUCUGUGGGUCAACAGCUGCAACAGGUGUCUGUGGGUCAACAGCUGCAACAGGUGUCUGUGGGUCAACAGCUGCAACAGGUGUCUGUGGGUCAACAGCUGCAACAGGUGUCUGUGGGUCAACAGCUGCAACAGGUGUCUGUGGGUCAACAGCUGCAACAGGUGUCUGUAGGUCAACUGCACCAGCAGGUGUCUGUGGGUCAUCAGACAACACAGAAGGUCAUCCACAGCGAGACUCUUCAUCUUACUCAUGAACAACUAAGAAUAAUCAACCACAAGAUAGAAGCCAAUCAUGUUGUGAUGAUCAACGCCUUCGCAGGAGCGGGCAAAACUACAACCUUGUGCCGGUUGUGCCAGGAGCGACCACACACCAAGUUUCUCCUGCUCCUCCCCACUAAGUCACUCCAGGAACAAUGUUCACAAACAUUCCCCAUCAAUGUUACUGUGAACACUUUUCGGUCCUUGGCUUUUGCCCACAUUGGCAGACGAUUUUCCUCGAUUAAUAAACUGGUGGAAACAUUGAGAUUCAACGAUAUAUUCAAUUUCCUCGACAUAAGGAUUGACGGAGGAAUCAGGUAAGACCAACAACUGUAAUGAACAGCAGGAUGUGAU